CCAGAACCCAAAGCUCGGGCCGCGGAGGCGUCGGACCUCCUUCGCGAUCGGACGCGGGACCGGAAGUGGCGAGGGCGGGGUCUGCGCUGAAGGGAAGGUGGCGGCCCGGCGAAGAUGCUGCUGGACCUGUCCGAGGAGCACAAGGAGCACCUGGCCUUUCUGCCGCGCGUGGACAGCUCGGUGGUCGCCGAGUUUGGGCGCAUUGCGGUGGAGUUCCUGAGGCGAGGCGCGAACCCCAAGAUCUACGAGGGCGCCGCCAGAAAACUCAAUGUGAGUAGUGACACUGUCCAGCAUGGCGUGGAAGGAUUAAUAUACCUGCUCACUGAAAGCUCAAAGCUCAUGAUUUCUGAACUGGAUUUCCAAGACUCUGUUUUUGUUCUGGGAUUCUCAGAAGAAUUGAACAAAUUGUUGCUUCAGCUUUAUCUGGAUAACAGAAAGGAGAUCAGAACUAUUCUGAGUGAACUGGCACCAGACCUCCCCAGUUACCACAGCCUUGAAUGGCGACUAGAUGUACAGCUUUCAAGCAGAAGCCUCAGGCAACAGAUAAAACCAUCGGUGACUAUAAAGCUACACCUUAAUCAGAAUGGAGAUCACAACACCAAAGUUCUGCAGACAGACCCAGCUACCCUGUUGCACUUGGUUCAGCAACUGGAACAAGCAUUGGAGGAGAUGAAAACAAGCCACUGUAGGAGAGUCGUGCGCAGUAUCAAGUAGUCCCGGUUUUAAGGUUUAUUUCCUUUUUAAUUGCUUGUGAAUUAAUGAUGUGCAGCAGUUAGUUUUAAAAAACUAUUUUUUUAGUUAAUUGAUAGUGAUAACUACAUACAGAUUCUAUGAAAGUUUUUUUCCUAUGACAAGAUAUGAAGUCAUGUUCAAAAGCUAACAUAAAGUUUCUUUCCUGGUGCUAAAUGUGGUCAGCUUCUUGACAAAUUAUGAUGUAUUUUAUAUUUGAAAUGUGUAAAUAGGAUUGAAUCAGCUGAAAGUGAAUCUAUACUGUUCAUAUUAUCUGUAUAUAUGAAUGAUUAUACUUUUCUUAGUACUUCGUUUGACUACUUAACUUCAUUACUUUCCUCCUUAUUGACCAAAAUUUGAAAAUAAAAUUAGCAGUAUUACUAUUAC